AUGAAUGACAACAAAGACAACUUCAACAUGUCCGAUAUUGGCUCUGCUUCAAAUGCUGAGGAUGAAGCAAAUAUUGUUGAUGCUCUCAAGAUGAGUUGUUUCUCUUUUGGUCUCGGAUACGACUUUGUGUCUAAUAAACUUCAAGAUCUUACUGAGAAGCACUCACGGAAAGUGAUUAAGCGUGUCAAGAUUCUUAGGAAGAUCCAGGCAUGUCAUUUUUACGACUCCUACGCAUUAUGCAUAGAGAACAUUAUGAAUUGGAAGCCAAAUAUUUGUGAGGAGAGAACAUCAGUUGAAGCCAAGUAUCAAAAGCUGUUUCAACGACUUUACUCCAAGAGAUAUGAAACUGUGAAUGGUUUUGUUGAAGCUGCAGGAGGUAAGGAGAACCUGAUUUCUGGCUUACUGCAAUGAAAAUAAUGAAUUGCUAGCUGAAGAGGUUAGGCAAUCAGUUCUGUUAUUAUGGUGUUGUUUGAAAAUGACUUGCUGGUCUAGUUAUGUUCUCUGCAUUUUUUUCCCGUUUUAAUGGAGUCAGAUCUAUAAGCAUGAUGAAGCAGCUCUCAGAUUCUCAAAGAUAUCAAGUGGUGCAGGAUUUAUGAUCCAUUUUUUCUUUGACACAAAUCCUUACUUCAAGAAUUCUGUUCUGACUAAAACAUACCACAUUAUUGACAAUGUUGUGUUUGUUCUAUGGGAAGUAAUGGGGUAACUUGGUCCCUACUGUAUCAAUAUGCUAAAAAAAAAUUGGUCUUAAAAAGGAUAAUGCACAAUUUCCCAGUUUUCCAUGACUGUAGCUAGUGCUUUGUAAGAAAGAAAUACAAUGGCAUCCGGGGAAGUACUUGACACAGAAGAUCAUUACUCUGAGGCAUAGGAAAGGGUUCAAGAAAGCACUCACUAAAACUGAACAGUGUGAGAGCUUUUUCAAUUUCUUCAGUCCACCUAAAACCCCCAAGGAUUUUAGAAAAAUGGACUACAAUGCUGUAAGUUCAGCAUUAUUGUGUUGAUGGAG